AAACAUAGUUUAUCCUAAAAUUCUCCUAAAAGUGUUAUUUUUCUUCCGCAGGCUCGAUGACAUGAUGUCCCUGCCCUUCUCCCCUCCCCCUUCCACCUCUCUCUUCCCUGUUUUCCUCCUCCUCCUCCUUUUCCUCCCUCCUUCCCUCGUCUCCUCCUCCCUCUCCCACACCCCGCUGAGCUGGACUUCGCCUCACGACCCCUGCUACCACCUAGACGGACGCCCCCGCCACUGCCUCUCGGAGUUCAUCAACGCCGCCUAUGGCGUGCCGGCGAAUGCGAGCCACUCGCUUCAAAGCUCCGAUCAUGACAGCAACAUCACCACCCUGACGGACCUCCACAACCCGCACAACCUCACCUGCUGGACGGCUCCCGGAGGCUCUGACGCCGGAGAAUGGGUCAUAACGCUACCUCUGGGCCGCCGCUUUGAGAUCACGUACAUAAGUUUGCAGUUUUGCCAACAAGGGGAGCCGUCUGACCCGAUUUCGAUCUCCAUCUUAAAGUCGAUGGACUUUGGGCGCACCUGGAGGCCGAUGCAGCACUACUCCAGCGACUGCUUGGGGAAUUUUGGGCUUCCUUCCCAAACGGUCGCUCAGACACGACACCAAGAGACGGAGCCGCUCUGCUCAGACCCUCGCCCCCUGCAGAAGCAGAGGGGCGGCAUGGUGUUGGCGUUCUCCACCCUGGACGGGCGGCCAUCCUCGCCCGAUUUCGACUACAGCCACACCCUCCAGGACUGGGUAACCGCCACGGACAUCCGUGUUGUCUUCCACCAGGUGUCCAAAGAUGCCAAGGUGGAUAAAAAAGAGGAAGUGCGAUGGCGUGAUGCUGCAGAAGACGACAGAGGGCUUCUGAGGUGGAGAUCGGGCUCCAAGGGGCGCUCUGGCGGUCAGGUCGAAAAGCUAAACGCAGAUAACACGCUGGCAUUUUUUGAGAGGGAGGUAAAAAAUUCGGAGAUAAGAGGGAGGAACAAACACGGAAGGAAGGGCCACUAUAAAGGUCAAAACGAAGAUGGACACAAUGUGACCAGCAAGGAAGGCGGGGACACUUUUAGCAUGCUCGCUUCCUCGAGGAAAGGCGGGAAAGCCAGAGGGCGUGGCCGCAAAAAGGAAAACAGUAAUUGGCUGCCUUGCCCGAAUGGGGGUUGUAAUUGGACGGUUGAGGGGCGGAGCAGGAACAACAAGGGGCGGGAGCUGAGGAAGAGGAGGAACAAUUAUCUGAACAUGAAACAGAGCUUCAGGAAUCUGCAGGCGGCCCCGCCCUCCGCUAUCCGAGCUCCUCUGGCGCUCUCCGACCUGCAAGUUGGCGGCAGGUGUAAAUGUAAUGGACACGCUUCCAAGUGUCGCCGUGACGACUCAGGCCAGGCAGUGUGCGUGUGCGAGCAUCACACGGCGGGGCCGGACUGUGACGUGUGCGAGGAUUUCUACUGCGACAGGCCGUGGCAUCGAGCUACACCCACGCACCCGAACCCCUGCGUUGCCUGUGAGUGUAACGGCCACUCAAACAAGUGUCGUUUCAGCAUGGAGGUGUUUCAGCAGUCGGGCCGGCGCAGCGGCGGCGUGUGUCAGAAGUGUCGCCACCACACGGCCGGACGCCACUGCCAGUACUGCCAGAACGGAUACACACGCAACCACAGCAAGCCCAUAAACCACCGCAAGGCCUGCCAAC